GGCUUCCCCCUCGAGCUGCUUCCCUUCUCCCGCUCCUUCCCACCCGUCCCCCUUGUUCUCGCAGAACGCUGCCUUAAAGAUGCUCUGAAAAUGGAGUUCCGCGGCUUGUUUUUCCUUCCAAGUCGUGCUCUUAAUUUGCCUUGGAGAUUCCGCUUGCUCACGGCGAUGCUGCCCUUGCUGCUCAAAUUUCUUUGUCUUGGUUUUACUCUUGGCAACGUGGUUGGGAUGUAUCUGGCUCAGAACUAUGAGAUUCCUAACAUUGCAAAGAAGCUGGAAGAUUUUAAGAAGGAUGUGGAAGCCAAGAAGAAACCUCCUAAUGACAAGUCCUGAAAGAGCAAUGUUCCCCAGGUCAACUCUGUGUGUGCACCGAGGAUGCAAUUUACCUUUCAGGCAGCAAAGGUCAAGUAGAGGGUUGGCAUGCUUAGUCUCCUAGAACUGGCAUAUCCUUCUUUUGAAAGGGCAGUGGUGAACUUUACCUGGGACUGAUUUUCAAAGGUUUCAGAAUUUGGAUUUGCAACUGAUACAUGACUGGAUGAUAUCAUUUGUAUUUUUCAGUAUUUCUUUUCCUAAUAUUUUGUAACCUGUUUUUACCUGAUCCAACUGGAGUGCUUUUGGUCCUGUUAAAAUGUGUUCCUCACACUUGAUAAUACCCUAGCUCUUAGAACAGCACAAAAGAAAUUAAAUGCAUCAAGAAGUAA